AUGAGGCCUUGCGACAUCUGGAAGGAGCUCGAGGUCAUGUAUGGGGGUGGGGAUGCUGGUGGACUGAAGAAGGCGCGUAACGAGAUCAACCGGAAGAUGAGCACGCUGGUGGGUAAGGAGAUGGUUACUGAGCACUGUCUCUGCAUGGAGGUGCUGGGUCAACUUCCAAGUAUGUUUUGUGAAAGAAGCAUCACCAUGACGGAGGAGUGGUUUACGCGACGCUCGGUGGUGAUCAACGUGGCAAAGAAGGUCACCGGGAAGAAGAGGAUGCAGGAUCAAGCAGAGGCUCCAAGCUCGGGCUGCUACGACUGCUUUGAAGAUGGCCAUCGCAAGAAAGAGUGCCCCGUCAUCGCCAAAGAUCGCGAUCCAGAGCGAGCGGGUGGUUCACUGUUCCGCUCAAACAUCUCGACGGCGCCUAGCUCGAAAAAGAAGCAAGUGAUAACGAUCAAGAAAGGAAAGAAGCCGGAGGCAGCCGAAGACAAGCUGAAGAAAGCAAUUGAGGAGACGGACCAGUAUGAGUUCAAGGAACCGCUUCCCGUGAGUGAUGGCGAUAAGGAGGAGAAGCCAUUCACCCAAAUGGACAUCGACAAUGAGGGGCAGGAGCUGCUAUAA